AUGGUUAAGAGGCUCGAGAGGCUGGUGGUUGAUGAGUCCGAGAACGAAGUGGACCGCUUAUGUGCUGGCUUCUUCUGGGUUUGCAUUUAUUUGCGGGCAAGGUAUAGUGAUGCCCAAGGUCUGAAGAACUUGAGUGUUGAUGAGCCCGAAUUCUUUGCGGGCCCGCUUGCUGGCUAUUUUGAGGGUGAAACGUCGAGGACGAAAACCAGCUUUUCUCUUGAGAGGAAGACUGCACUUCUUCCGAUGGUGGGCCCGCUUUUCGGAGUUGCCGGGGUGCCGUGGUUUAAGACGUGGGUGAGUCUGCGGGAGGACUUGGGAGUUCCUGCUGGUGAGGAGUUUCCGCUUCUUCCUGGUCGAGGCCUGGAAGGCGGAUGGGAUUCCAUGAUGUUUGUCUACGGACGGGAUAACGUUGCCCCGGCCUUGAGAACCUUGGAAGGCCUGUUGGCCGAUGUGCGCAUCGGCAAAUUUAUCCCCGAUGCCACUCGGUCAAGAUAUUUUCCAAAUGAGCCAGAGAGAGUACCAGGAGACGAGAUUUACUUGGAGGUGUCUCCUUCAGAGGCGUCCAUGGACGAAGAAGACAACGUCCCGGACUUGCGUGCGGAGGAGUCUGCAGCAGAUGUGCUUGUUCCUCCUUGGUCUGAGCUGCUAGUGGAGGAACCGGCUCAAGUGUGGAAAGAGGAAUGCGAUUGUGCUGCAUCUGUUGCAGCUGGGCUGGAACAACUCGGCCUUGUGUGGUACCGGAUCCACUCGGUAUUCAUCGCUCGUCCUUGGGGCGGUCAGAGGAGUGCGGUUUUUGAACUGGUCACCGCUGCUUUGAAAAAGAGGGCGGAUGCUUUGGGGCUUUUCGCCGAAGGUUUGGCUGAAGUUCUAGAUAGUGUUGUUGGCGCCAUGGCCAUCACAGAGAGCAAAGCAAAUUUCUCGUCUCGUGCCAAGGCGCUGGGCCUGGAGGAUGCGGUCUUGGCAAAGUUUGUCGGCGAGGGCAUUGAUUGCAUGAGCAAGUUUGCCUUUCUCAGUUCCUUUGUUCCUGGGAACACUGACGAGAAGCCUUUCACGGAUGCCGUUGCAAAGGUCCAGGUGGAAAGGACUGAUGAUUCGGCACCUCGAAAGUUGGCUGCCCCUGACAGGGCUGAUAGGCUUCAGCGUCAACAGCAGUGCCUUGUCGGGCUCAACAUUCAUGGCCCGACCUUGCCGGGACAUGCUGUGAUUGACAAGUGUGUCCAGAUGUACGAGGGCAAUGUGUUGCACUACUUGCCCCCUCAGGCUUGCCCUUGCCGUGACGAUGAGGUCAAGUUCAAGAAGGAUCGUGAUGACAAGAUGUUGUCAGUCGACGGCACCGGCCAUGUGUCCUUGAAAUCGCAUACUGCAAAGGUUGAGGCGGAUGUCACUACGGACCUUUUGCUUAAACGUGCUUUGACGCGAAGGGGGUUAGCGCUGGAUCAGGCAGGUGUGGUUUCGUUCAGUGAACACGAACGGUGGGUUGAAGCAUUGUUCAACGCCCGAUUCCGCGAACCUCCAGACAACUACAUGCGUGUGACCCUGCAGCAGCUCAUGCAGGCAGAUAGGCAGCUCUUCGUGGAAGCUGCUGACAGGACUCGCCAAGGCAUUCAGCUUGUUGCCGAUGGUAAGCCGGUCGAUAAGAUUUGGUCCGAUGCCAUGUCAUGCAAUAAUGUCACACAUUUGCUUCAGCCUCUCCCUGCUCCACCGCCGGCGCCUGUGCAUCCUCGGCACGGGCCUUAUGAUGACAGGCGGGGCAACAAAGGCAAGGGCAAAGGAAAGGGGAAAGGAAAGGUGCAGGGCAAUGUUCGCAUGCCGGCUGAGCUUGCAGAUGGUGUGCCCGUCACCACAAGAGGGUUGGCGAUUUGCUUUGACCACAACUUGGGCCGAUGUCAGCGGCCUGUCUCCAAUGGGAAGUGCGACAAGGGGCUUCACAUUUGUUGCAUUAAAGGAUGCUUCAAGCGUGAUCACACGUAUGCCAAUUGCCGGCCCGAUGGUGAUGCACUUUUGUCUUGUGCAACAAAGACUGAUUCUCCGAUUUCUGCUGAGCAGUUUGCUUCGAAUUGGUUGAAGACAGAUUGGUUGUGCCAAACCGACAUCUUGAAACUCUUCGAUAUGUUGCCGCAGGUGGAUCCCCCAAGGGGAACACAGGGUGGCAAACCCUUCGCCACAGGAGCUUUUGCUAAGGUCAAGGUGGGUCUACGGUCCAACUUGGCUGUCUUUCCGCAGGCAUCGGCGGUGCUGGCGACUUUGGUCAGGCAGUCUGCGCCUGCGCAUAAGUUCACGUCGUUAGUCGUGUUCGAUGGUACUGACAUCUCCCCAUCCUACAUACCAAAUUUGGUGGUGCCUGUUUCGGAUUUUAAGGACGGUGCCAUUUGGGUUGAGUCCUCUUCGGGAAAAGUGUCGCGCAAUGUGGAUGGGAAACCGGUCCAAGGUUUGACUUUACCGGUCUCUGAAGGGCCAGUCUUAUUUGAUGCCAGGCGGAGUGUUCACUUGACUGUUGCCGACAAUGAACGCUUUCGGGUGGAUGCACAUCGCCCUGUGAGGCUGCCCUGGCCACCCAGGUUUCCCGUGCUCACCGGCUCUCCGCCAUUUGCACAGGUGCCGCUAGACUCUCGGGAUGUUUCCAGGAAGCAGGA